UUUCCUUGUCACAGAGCGUGUGGGUGCAGAAUACGCCACGAGUGCAACAUAGGAGUCCACGCUUGUACACAUGUCUGUCCAUGGGAUGGCAACUGAGAUCGCGGGGAACAUCAGCCUCUUAUCACCAAAUCUUCCAAAUUAAACUUCCCCCCAUUUUCUCUUUUAUUUCUCUAGUCUACUGUUAUUCGUCAGCUUCAACGCCAACGCCAUGACCGCCAAUACUACAGCUGCUCUUCUCUCCCUUCCCAUCUCUCUCUUUCAACCCACUAAGAUCAACACCAGGAAGGUUGGUAGGGGAGGACUUCGGAUGGUUGCUGUACUUGAAGGGGAUGGACUGGUGGGGAAGAAGAGUGAUUGGAGUAAGCUUUUUGACGUUGAUGUUCCCAGACCUAGAUUUCCUCAAUGCAAAGGGAAGUUCUUGGGUGUGAAUCAAGCUCUGGAUGUGGCUAGGUUUGAUAUUCAGUCCUGCGAUUGGCGGGCUCGGCAAGAUGUUCUUACUAUCAUGCAACUUCAUGAAAAGAUAGUGGAAGUUCUAAAUCCUCUAGCACGAGAUUACAAGUCCAUUGAGACAAUGAAGAAAGACCUUGCGGAGUUGCCAGAAGAAUUAGCAAAGGCUCACAAGCAGGUUCACAUAUCUGAAGCAAGGGUUUCCACUGCAAUGGCUAAGUUAGCUUACAUGGAAGCAUUAGCAAGUGAUAAGCUGAUACAGGACACCAACAGAAUAGAAUCUGAAACAAACUCUCCUAGCAGUUCUUCAGCUUCUUUGGAUACUGUAAAAAGAAAGAUGCCGCCAAAAAGCCUGAAUGUGUCAGGUCCUGUCAAGCAGUAUCAUCCCUUCAUGAAGAAUUUCUGGUAUCCAGUGGCUUUCUCCAAUGAUCUGAAAGAUGACACCAUGAUUCCUAUAGAUUGCUUUGAGGAGCCAUGGGUCGUGUUUCGUGGCAAUGAUGGUAAACCUGGUUGUGUUCAAAAUACAUGUGCUCAUAGAGCAUGCCCACUUCAUCUUGGUUCAGUCAGUGAGGGCCGGAUCCAGUGUCCCUACCAUGGGUGGGAAUACUCUACUGAUGGAAAAUGUGUGAAAAUGCCAUCAACCCGAUUACUCAAUGUGAAGCUAAGAUCAUUACCAUGCCUCGAGCAUGAAGGUUUUAUCUGGAUCUGGCCCAGCAGUGAACCUCCAACAACCACACUUCCUUCUCUAGAACCUCCUCCAGGAUUUAAAGUCCAUGCAGAGAUUGUCAUGGAACUGCCUGUAGAACAUGGACUACUUCUUGAUAACCUUCUGGACCUUGCUCAUGCUCCUUUCACACACACAUCUACCUUUGCCAAGGGAUGGAGUGUACCCAGCUUGGUGAAAUUCUUGACACCUGUCUCCGGCCUUCAAGGUUAUUGGGAUCCUUACCCAAUAAACAUGGAGUUCCGGCCACCUUGUAUGGUAAUCUCAACAAUUGCGAUCUCAAAGCCUGGAAAGUUGGAGGGGCAGAGUAUCCAGCAAUGUGCUACUCACCUUCACCAGUUACAUGUUUGUUUGCCUUCAUCAAGACAGAAGACGAGGUUAUUAUACAGAAUGUCACUUGAUUUUGCUCCUUUGCUAAAGCAUAUUCCAUUCAUGCACCUCUUGUGGAAGCAUUUGGCAAAUAAGGUUUUGGAGGAGGAUCUACGGCUGGUGAUUGGCCAACAAGACCGUAUGAUUAAUGGAGCAAAUAUCUGGAACUGGCCUGUGCCCUAUGAUAAGUUAGGAGUAAGAUACAGGUUAUGGAGAGAUGCAGUGGAGCGGGGAGCUAAGCACUUGCCCUUCAGCAAAUCCAAGUAGAAUUGAUUGAUUGACAGGUUUGGUUGCAUGUUGGUGAUGAGAAGGGCAUCCCUUGAAGCCGACCAGAUAUUGCAGUGCAGGUUAUUCAUCCCUCCCUGUCAGUUUUUCAAGUUUGGCCAACCUUCCCUAAUUUUCUCAGAAGAAUUUUUAGUGACAAAGUGGAAACUGUUGAUGAAUCAGAGACGUAGAAGAGAUGAUCCCCACCAACUAGUCCAAUGUAAAAUAGUCAAACUGUACGCUGUAUUUGUUGCUUUAUGUGUACAGUAUGGCUCCAUUUUUUUCUCCUUUUACCCAUUUCUCAACUCAAUAUAUUCAAAGAGCCCCCAUGUAUGAUCAGUGUUUCAGAUUAUUUCCAGAAGUUGAAACUGGUCAUUGACCUCUUACCGAGUGAUGCUACAUCUGUUUGUGAUAUUAUCAAGAACAGUUCCAAAACAA